UCUGUGCUCCCAAGUCGACCUCGCCAAGUCCAAAGUUCAAAGUUUACAAGUCCGAACUUGGCAAACUUGGCAUUGAGAAAGGCCCAGCAUCUCUCUCUACCAGUUUGCAGAAGGUGUUGGGAGAUUCGCUCGUGACCUGAGGCAAAAUGUACCUCAGGUGCAACAAACAAUUAGACCGGCUCAGACUGGUUCUGCCUUUGUGAAAUAAUUGUUUGAGCUUGAUAUUUCUGAAUAAAUUGAACAGAGAUUACUAUGUCGGUUUGUUGCAUCCCUUGGCUCAUUUGCUUGUCAGCUGGUGAAUUUAUUUGGAUCCUGUUGACUUGGUCUAAUUCUUCCUAUGUAAGAUGUUGUUGUUGUCUCCUCCCUGUUUCAUGGUCCAGGCCGGAGAAGAAGGUUCUGGAGCCGGUGGGAGUGUUUGAGGUGCCAAAGCAGCAGGGGAGAUACGAGUCAGGACAAUUGUUUCUGCACAGUGUGUUUGGAUACAGAGGGAUUGUGCUGUUUCCCUGGCACGCCCGCCUCUACAACCGCGACAUCAGCCCUCCAGCGGCGGAGAGUAAGCCAGAGCCCUCAGGUGCACACAACUUUAAAGAGCUGAGCACCAAAACUCACACACAUUACCAAGUCCUCAUAGAUGCAAGGGACUGCCCGCACAUUUCUCAGAGGUCCCAGACAGAAGCAGUGACGUUUCUGACCGGCCAUGAUGACAACAGGGAGCUCUACACCGUACCAGGUUUGGACCAUGUGAGCCACGAAGACAUCCUGCCUUACAACUCCACCGCCGAGGUUCCCAUCAGACAUGAGCUGUUCCAGCGCUUCUUCCAGUUCAGUGCAUCCAACGCACCGCCCUACAUCCCCAGUGACAUUCUGCGGUCAUGGCAGGAGAAACACCACCCGUGGCUGGAGCUGUCGGACGUCCACCGGGAAACCACUGACAACAUCCGCGUCACCGUCAUUCCCUUCUACAUGGGCACGAGGGUACGGGAAGUUCAGGACUCUCAAGUUUACUGGUGGCGGUACAGUAUUCGUCUGGAGAACACGGGGGAUGAAGUGGUGCAGCUCAGAGAGAGACACUGGAGGAUCUUCAGCCUCUCCGGCACCUUAGAAACCGUCAAGGGCCGAGGCGUGGUGGGACGAGAGCCAGUGUUGUCCAAGGAGCAGCCGGCGUUCCAGUACAGCAGCCAUGUUUCCCUACAAGCUCCCAGUGGACACAUGUGGGGCACAUUCACCUUCCAGCGGGCCGGUGGUGCCAUGUUUGAGGUGGCCAUCCCCUCCUUCUCCCUGGACAGCCACGGCCACAGAGACAGCCCGUACUCCUUCCUCUUCUGAGAGAGAGGACGCCUUCAAAGCCUCCCGCUCAGCUCCUCAGUGCGUUUCAUACCCGAGGAGGCUCUUUUAUUCUCUCUCCCCGUGUCGACUGACUCCUGCGGACGUCCUCUUGAACCUCCAGGACAAACACAGCAGCAGGGAAAAUGUGCCUCAGUUGGCGCUUAAAUCUGACUAUUGAAGAGGAGAGAGGAUGUACUGUGUGUUUCAGUUGUCCAAAAAAACAAAACAAAACAAAACAAAAAACGUCAGUACAGUAUGAUGAUGAUGAAGAUGAUGAUGAUGAUGGUGGUGGUGGUGGUUGUGUGUGUGAUCCCCUCUGACAUCUCCAGCUGUUUUAACUUCUGGAUAAGGCGUAGACUGAUAAUACACUUUCUUAUCAAAGAAAGACCUGAACUGUCACAUGAUGCAACCGGAAAAUAACUUCAGAAAAAUACUCUGAGCAUUUUCUGCCUCAGCCAGACACUUCAGUGAUGUUUAAUUAUUUGGUCGACCAUGAAUUUGCAAUGAUUUUACAGAGUUAUUGGAACUUGUGAAUGCAACAAAUUUAGUUUUUUUUUUUAAGCAGAGAUGUCAGAGUAUCAUGGGUCAUUUUAUUGAAAUAUUUGCAUGUAAUUAUUAAAAGCUGUGUAAUAACAAAAGAUGAGAGUUCAGUGCUAAACUGAUGAAGUGAGCUCAACUGGACUGUGUUUAGGUUCCCGAAGACGUUUCACUUCUCAUCCGAGAAGCUUCUUCAGUUCAGAACUGAAGAUGUGAGAACGUGAAAAACAUUUUGUUAUAAAAAUAAACUUUUAACAGUAUAACGUGA